AUGGCCCCGUCCCGAACCGAGACGGUCGGCCUCCGCGCGGCCACUUUUGCGGUGCCCCUCAAGACCGAUGCGGGGCACAACAAGGAGAACUUGAUCGGAUACAAGUAUGAGAAAGAGGCAGAGCUGAAGGGGACAGACAAACUGCCGCCGGCGUCGUUCCCGCACUAUCUGCCCGUCUGGGACAACGAGGAGGCGAGAUAUCCUCCUCUGGAGCACUUUGAACACUAUGAUCACGGCAAGGAUGCCGACCCAGGGUUUCCAGACCUGCUCCCCAAGGGCCAGGCCGAGGUAGACGAGAUCACCCCCUUUAUCGGCUCCGAGAUCCACGGCGUGCAAUUGAGCAAGCUCUCCAAAGCUGGCAAGGACCAGUUGGCCCUCUACGUCGCCCAGCGACGAGUGGUCGCCUUCCGCGACCAAGACUUCGCCUCGCUCCCCAUCCAAGAAGCCGUCGAUUAUGUCGGCUACUUCGGUCGUCACCACAUGCACCAGACCUCUGGCGCGCCCAAGGGCUUCCCAGAAGUCCACCUGGUCUUCCGCGGCGCUGACGACCGCACCGGCGCCAAGUUCCUGGAGCAGCGCACCAAUACCAUCACAUGGCACUCGGACGUGACCUUUGAGAAGCAGCCGCCCGGCACAACGUUCCUGUAUGUGCUGGACGGCCCGUCAACCGGCGGAGACACGCUGUUCGGCGACAUGGUGCAGGCGUAUAGGCGGCUGUCGCCAGAGUUCCAGAAGAGAUUGCAUGGGCUGAGGGCCGUGCAUUCCGGCGUGGAGCAGGUGAAUGCGAGUCUGAAUGGAGGCGGGAUCGCGCGGCGAGACCCCGUUACGUCCGAGCAUCCGAUUGUGAGGACGCAUCCUGUUACGGGCGAGAAGGCGCUCUAUGUAAACCCGCAGUUCACUCGCUACAUCGUCGGGUACAAGAAGGAAGAGUCCGACUACCUCCUGAAGUUCUUGUACGACCACAUUGCUCUGUCGCAAGACCUUCAGGCCCGCAUCCGCUGGAAGGCUGGCACCGUGGUCGUGUGGGAUAACCGCCUGGCGUGCCAUUCUGCUGUAUUCGAUUGGGAAGAUGGUCAGAGGCGCCACAUCGCACGUCUCACCCCGCAGGCCGAGCCGCCUUACGAGACGCCGUUUGAGGGGUAA